AUGUCGGACGUCGAGGUGUUCCAAUACGGCGGAUUUUACAGCGUGUCCCUGCCCCUCCUCCAGUCCUCGACACUCCCUUUACCAACGACGGCGCACCGCAGCAAUCACGACACCGACCGCUUUCGCGAGGAGAAGAUUCGGUGGAGAGUUUCUGAUGAAGGCGAAAACUUGCUGGACGGACUGGGCGCCGCGAAGGGGGCGCCCACGACAGGGAAAGUUUGUCGGCGGGUGCCGCGGUCACGACGCGCGCCGCGCGUGGUCAUGGGGCGAGAGAAGGGAACGCUUCUUGUUAUGGGAGGGCUGAGUCAGCGCAGCGCCUGCGAAAGCGUCGACGAGGGAGGGGGGCGGGGCGGGGAUAGUGCGGGCAGAACGUCGACGGCAGCGGCGACGACGAGCGCGACGGCGAGCAGCACCGACAGACGCGCCGACGCCGACGCCGACGCAGCGCCGCCCGAAGGACCGCCAGAAAAUCCGGAGACGGCCGAACGGGGCGGGAGGCGUGCCGAGCCGCGGGAUCCCAGGCCGAGCGGGGUCAACACUGAGACGGUUGAAACGCGCACUCUGCAGAGACGCUCCUCGGCGACUCCAACGCAAGGCCCGCAAUCGACGCGCUGUUUCCUGGCGCGGGCUGACGACAGCAGCCACACACUGCCGGAGCCGCCGCCCGAAACCCGAUUUCCAGAAUUUUGGGAUAUUUUGCGCCGGUAA